GGUUGUAUCUUCGCUGUGACUCUGUUUCUGGACACGGCUGCACCAUGUCGCGCCUUCCCUUGUUCGUAAUGCUUGUGGCGUGUUUUGGUGUUUUCAAGUUUGCCGAUGCAAAGCGAAAGCUAUACAGAAAGGCCAGAUCUUUUGGCCUUGAAGGAUGCGAGGAUGAAGGCGGGUUCAUCCUCAACGAUAUCUGCUACAUCCUUGGACUGGACAUGGGCACGUGGGAAGAGGCCAGACAGGCAUGCGAAGAUGAAUAUGACGGCGACCUGGCCGUAGUCGUCAAGAAAGUCGUGUAUGAUUACAUCUUGGACAUGAUGGACAUAGAACUGGACGACGGUUCCGUGGCGUGGAUCGGCUUGAGUGACCUUGAAACAGAGGGACUAUUUGAAUGGGUAGAUGGAUAUGUCGACUACGAGGAGAGAGGCGACUAUUGGGACAUUUUCUGGGAGUGGUCAGGUGAUUCCCUGGACGAGUAUCCGAACAAGGACUGUGUGGUCAUUGAUCGGGAAACCGGUGAGGCAAAGGAGAAGGACUGCAAUGAAAGACACUUCUAUGUCUGCGAGAUCAUAGCCUACCCUGAUGAAUGGGAACUCGAACUGCUGAACGAGGAAAUUGAAUGGGAGAACGAUCUGGUCGAAAUGCUCAGCAAUGCCUCCGUGAUGCAGCGGAUGGAAAUAGGCAACAAAGGAAGCCUCGAUGAUCUUUAUGAGUUGGACAUCAAACUUAACAGAGAAGAAGCAGCCAUAUUUAAAAGUGGCGGUGAUCCAUCCUCGGCAACAGGUGCUUUCACAUUCAAAGGGGACAAGCCUACUCAUGAAGAGUUAAUGGCCAUCAAGCGGUUAAUAGAGGAGCACGGUAUAGAGUCGUGGGAUCCGGCAACCAGGGAGUACGAAUCCCGUCGUAGACGUAAGCGCAGUGCUCUUGGAAGUGAUGUGAAGGCGUGGCCAGGCGGUGUGGUGCCCUAUGAAUUCAAUUCUAACUAUCCUGCUGAAGGGAAGGGUUACGUCUAUAAAGCCAUGAGGACAAUUGAAAAUGAUUCCUGCAUCACAUUCGUAGUAAGAACGACCCAAGACAAGUACAUGAUUAUCGGGAAUUCAGAGCCUUCACAGUGCUAUUCAUCUGGUAUCGGCUACCCCUGGACAUGGUAUGAUGAGACACGAAACAUGAACUUUGGCUGGUGUUGGAAUGACGUGCCCAGCAUUAUCCACGAGCUUUACCACGCGCUUGGCUUCUGGCAUGAGAUGUCGCGUCCCGACAGAGAUGACUAUAUCGAAAUUAUUUGGAAAAAUGUACAGCCAGGGGAGGGCAACAAAUUUCAGUUCCAGAAGGCGGGUACGUCCACUUUCAGCGGUUACCCAUACGACUAUCUCAGCAUCAUGCAUUACCCCCUGAACGCUAUGGCAAUCGAUCAGAACAAGUAUACCAUGAAGCCGAAGAAAUUAGAUCUGAAACUCUUCGGAAAGGUUGGAAACCAACAGUUGCCAACCAAGCUGGACAAGUUCGAGCUCAACACAGUCUACAAAUGUGACCCCAAGUACAUCCAGCAGAUCUCGGCGGCUAAGGACGGUGCUGUGGAGUUAGAAGAUAAAUCCUGGGGCCCUUGCUCUGCCACUUGUGGUAUUGGCCAGAAGAAGAAAGAGCUGAAACUGUGUACGAAAUUCCAGUGCUAUGUGCAAUAUACGAUGAAACAGUGCUUCGCGCCUGCUUGCCCGAAACCUGGUGAAAUUAUCCCAACAGCUAGCACAACUGGCGGUGUAGCAGUUAAAGAGCUGGCCUACACUUGGGGAGGAUGCUGGAAUGAUGACCGCCUCCCGAGCUCCCUGGCAUCUCUGGAGGGAAAGAGUACAUUUUUGGACGGGAAAUUCAAGGACCGGUCGAACAAAAUUCAGAAAUGUGCCAAUGCUGCUAAAGAACACAAUUCAGAAGUCUUCGCACUAAAGUUUGGCGGGAAAUGCAUUGUGUUGCCCUCUACUGCCAAGGACAAGAAUGUCUACAAGGCAAAUGGUCCAUCUGAAGAUUGUAAAGGAAUUGGUGUCGUGUCAGCCAUAGACGUUUACUUGCUCAAUUCCAAAGAUGUCCAGGGAGAGUGGGGUUCCUGGGCCGAAUUCGACAGCUGUACAAAGACAUGUGCCGGCGGGGUGCAGACGAGGAAGAGAGUUUGUAACAACCCCAAGCCGAAGGGCUCCGGGGCGCCGUGCAAGGGACAAGCUAGUGGGACGGGCCCAUGCUCGACCGGGCCCUGUCCAGUUGACGGAGGUUGGGGCAACUGGGGUCCCUGGGACACCUCUGACUGCGAGGACUACGGCAUAAAAUCGAGGGUGCGGAAGUGUGACAACCCGAAACCACAAAUAGGCGGCAGACAAUGUUGGGAUGAUAUCAAUUUUAUCGAUGUAGCAAUGUGCGAAGAUUAUUUCUAUUGAUAAUGUGAGGGCGCAAGGCUUGCAUAAAGUAUUUUGCUUAUCUAUCCAAAACAACACUGCUUGUAUCAAAUUUUAGUACUAUCAAUCCUAGUCACAUGUAGUACGCAGGUAAAUGUCAAUUAAAGUAAAUGAUAAUUACA